CUUUUCAAGAAAACUUUGUCAGUAUGUCAUUAUCGAGAUGCCACUCUCACUUUCUACACCUCAUGUUCAUUCUAUUCCUUUCGCAGGCUCCAUCUGCAAAUACUAUUUCCUUCAGUUUCACUAGCUUUGAACCUGGAGAAAGCAACAUUGUGUAUGAAGGCGAUGCAAAACCUAUAAACGGAGCCAUUGAACUCAAUGAAGUAGAUCGUCAGCAACGUGUUGGUCGUGCCUAUUACGCAUACCCUGUGCCUAUAUGGGAAUCUUCAAAAGGCUUACUCACAAACUUCACAACCCGCUUCUCCUUCACCAUCUACAGGGUUCCUCCUCACCGUCCUGGCAGUGGACUUGCCUUCUUCCUUGCUUCUGUUAAUUAUCCAAUUCCCCCCAACUCUGCUGGGGGAUGUUUCGGAUUAUUUAGCAACAAUGGAACAAGAAGUUACCCACAAAAAACACUAGUCACGGUUGAAUUUGAUUCCUAUGUAAACCAGUGGGAUCCGAGUGUGACACAUGUUGGCAUCAAUAACAACUCAAUAUCUUCAUCAAACUUCACUGAAUGGGAUAAUCUCUCACACAUUGGGAACAAAACCAAUGUUUUGGUUACAUACAGCGCCACUACUAAGAAACUUAGUGUCUUCUGGUCAUAUGCUGAAGAACCAACUUAUGAUGCUAACUCUUCUAUUUCUUACAAGAUUGAUCUUACGAAAGCUGUCCCCGAAAAAGUCAUAAUGGGGUUUUCAGCAUCAACAGGUGGGCAUAUCGAGCGACACACCAUCAAUUCAUGGGAAUUUUCCUCAUUUCUGGAAGAUAUAGAGAAAACAGGGGGAAAACUGUGGAUUCUCAUUACUUCAGCUUGCUUCUGCUUCUUGACAGUUGGAAUUGUCAUUGGUUGGAUAAUUGUAAUCGGCAAAAGCAAGCGAAACCCAGAGAAAAUUGAAUCAAGAAUAUCUUUAACCGAAGAUCUUGAAAAAGACGCCUUUUCAAAGAGAUUAUGUUACCAAGAACUAGUCACAGCUACUGAUAAUUUCUCAAUUGCCAAGCGGUUGGGUCAAGGUGGUUCCGGAGAAGUCUACUGGGGAAACAUGAGCAGGUUAGGCUGCCUGGUUGCUGUAAAAAGAAUACUGGCUGAAACUGAACUGUACGAGUCACUUUUUGUCAAUGAAGUAAAGAUUAUCAGUCGAUUAAAACACCGAAACCUGGUGCAACUCAUGGGGUGGUGUCAUGAAAAAGAUGAGCUUUUGCUUGUGUAUGAGUAUAUGCAAAAUGGCAGCCUCGAUCAUCAUCUAUUUGGUAAUCGAAGACCUCUGCCAUGGAGUAUAAGAUACAAAAUAGCAUUAGGCUUGGCUUCAGCCCUACGAUAUCUCCAUGAAGAAGCGGAGCCACAUGUUCUGCAUAGAGAUAUCAAAGCAGCAAAUGUAUUACUGAACACAGAUUUCAGUACCAAGCUUGGUGACUUUGGGGUAGCAAAGCUUAUAAAUUCUUACACACAAAAUGAAGCAACAAAAGUGGUGGGGACAGUCGGUUACUUGGCCCCUGAAUAUCUAAGAGAUGGCUACGCCACUAAGGAAUCGGACUUGUUUAGUUUUGGAAUUGUAUGUUUAGAAAUUGCAUGUGGGAGGCGAGCGCACAGGGAGCCACUGGUUAAGUCAGUUUGGGAACUUUAUAAAGCAGGAAAUAUUAUCCAGGCAGCCGAUACAAGACUAGAAAUGAAUUUUGAGAGCAGAGAAUUGGAACGCUUAGUAAGUGUGGGAUUAUCGUGCACGCACCCAGUCGACAAGGAGAGGCCAUCUGCAGGACGAGUAAUUCAACUUCUCAGUUUUGAGGCAACACUGCCCAAGCUUCCCCAGGAAUUGCAUGAUCCUGCAUUUGUUCCAAGGCCGCUGUCUCCAGAUUCGAAUGACUCAGCCAAUGCAUGAUUCUAAUCUAUCAAGUUAGAAUUAGCAUCUGAUAAAAUAGGUGUUUGUGAGAAAUGA